AUGAAGAAGGAAGUAGAAUUUAACCUCCUCUACGACGAGGAAAAGAAACACCUGGUGGGGUUGCUAAUCGAAAAUAAUUUUGACGAAAUAUACGAACCGAUAACGACAGAAAGUCUCAGGUUUUUUGUGCCGCUAAACGGAGUGUGCCUAAUAGAUUAUCAAUUGCACUUCUUCAGACAAAAUAAUAUUAAAAAAAUUUACGUAGUGGUAACUCAUCACGAGAAGGAGUUACAGAAUUACAUUGAAAAAUUUCAGAAGAGCAAAAAAAGGUACAAUGAUUUAGACAUUGAAAUAAUUAAAUUGAGCAAAAAGGUAAAAACGUUAGGUGACGCAUUGAGGGACUUUAAAAAAUGUGUGGAAAUUUAUCAAGACAUAUUAUUGCUUCUGUCCGAUACAAUUCCAAUUGCAAAUAUAAAAGAAAUUAUAAAAGCUCAUUUUGUAAAUAAGGAAAAGUGUAAAAAUCAAAUUAUGACUCUUAUCCUGUCCCACUGUAUUGAUGAAAAUAAAUCCCACAAUGACGAUUUUGUCAUUGCGUAUGAUAAUUUCUCCUUCAAGCUUCUUCUAUAUGAACCUUUGAAAAAUAAAAAUUAUUUAAUAUUAACUAGCGAAAUAUUUGAUCAGGUAAAACCCAGGGAUGGUAAGAAGAGGGCCAGCGCGUCAGGUGGCACCGGAGGGAAUACCAUUGGAAAGGACCGAAGGCCGUCUCUAUCCAAUGUAGGAGAAAAUAAAGAAUACCAUAAACCAAUCAUCAAUUUCAAUACCUCCACAAAUUCGAUAAUCAUCUCAUAUGACCUUGUAAUGCCAAACAUUUUUAUUAUCACGCCGCAAGUUUUCAAAUUGUUUGAAGAGAAUUUUGACUACCAGUGCAUGAAAAAGGAUUUUAUUUACAACAUCCUGAAGCAGGAAAUUAAAAUAGAAGAAAUUUACGUACACGCUUUGAACAACGAUUAUAACUACACAGAAUGUAACCAGAUAAUUACCACCUUGACAGAUUUUCGCAUAUAUUUUAAAUUUUUUAAAACAUUAAUUGAGAGAAAUGUUCACCCUUUUUUAGCCAACUCUUCACACCUUUUACCUGACCUACCCAAAUUUACUUUCUGCGAACCGGGACUGUAUAAAGCGAAAAAUACAAUCAUUGAUGAUUCGUGUAAGUUGCUAAAAAUUGUCCUGGUGGAAAACUACACGGAAAUUUCAGAAAACACACAUAUUGAAAAUUCCGUCAUUUGUAAAAAUUGCAAAAUUGGAAAAAAUGUAAAAAUUAUGAACAGCAUCAUCGGCAAAAACUCUGUCAUAAAAGACAACGUAACGAUUGUCAGCUCCUUUAUCAGUGAGAAUAAUGUCCUUAACGAGGGCGUAUACAUUGACGAAUGUUGUGUUGUGGGGAGAAAUAUGAAUAUCCCUGCGGGCACGAAAAUAGGGAAAUAUACCAGAUUAAGCGCCUUUAAACAUUUAAAGGGGAAGUUGAAGGUGCACAGAAGGAGCAAACAUCAGGACGACCAUUCCGCCGAAGAAAGGAGGAAGGACUCUGUCCCCGACGGGAACGUUGGAGAGGCAUCCACCGUGCAGUUCGAGCAGGAGGUCGUCACCAUGGAAAAUGAGGAAAACACGCUCAACGGGAGUGUGAACAAGGUCUGCGAAGAGGACGCGGGCGGGGAGGAGCAAGAGAAGGAGGACAAGGAAGAAGUGAAUGAACAGGUAAAAGAAGAGGUAAAGGAAGACGUGAAUGAGGAGGUAAAAGAAGAGGUAAAGGAAGACGUGAAUGAGGAGGUAAAAGAAGAGGUAAAGGAAGACGUGAAUGAGGAGGUAAAAGAAGAGGUAAAGGAAGACGUGAAUGAGGAGGUAAAAGAAGAGGUAAAGGAAGACGUGAAUGAGGAGGUAAAAGAAGAGGUAAAGGAAGAAAUGACGGAAGAGUUGGAAGAAGUAAAAGAGGAAGUAAAGGAAGAAAUAAAGGAAGUAGAAGAAAAAUUGGAGGAAGAAGUAAAAGAAGAAGUCAAAGAAGAAGUCAAAGAGGUAGAGGAAGAGGUAAAGGAGGAAGUGAAGGAAGAAAUGAAUGAAGAAGUGAAGGAAGAAGUAAAGGAGGAAUUAAAGGAAAAAAUGAAUGAAGAAGUCAAAGAGGUAGAGGAAGAGGUAAAGGAGGAAGUGAAGGAAGAAAUGAAUGAAGAAGUGAAGGAAGAAGUAAAGGAGGAAUUAAAGGAAAAAAUGAAUGAAGAAGUAAAGGAGGAAUUGAACGAAGUGAAGGAAGAAGUAAAAGAAGAAGUAAAAGAGGAAGUGAAGGAAGAAGUAAAAGAAGAAGUAAAAGAGGAAGUGAAGAAAGAAGCAAAGAGCCUAUUAAGAGGGAUAUGGAAGAAAUGGAUGAAAAGUAAGAAACAAGUAAAAGAAGAAAUAAAGGAAGUAGAAGAAGAGGUAAAAGAAGUGAAUGAGGAGGUAAAAAAAGAGGUAAAGGAAGGGGUAAAGGAAGAGGUAAAAGAGGAGGUAAAGGAAGAAGUGAAGGAAGAGAUAAAAGAAAAAGUGAAGGAAGAGAUAAAAGAAGAAAUAAAGGAAGAAAUAAAGGAAGAAGUAAAGGAAGAGGUAAAGGAAGAACUGACAGAAGAGGUAAAGGGAGUCGUGAAUGAGGAGGUAAAAGAAGAGUUGAAAAAACAAGUGAAUGAGGUAAAAGAAAAGGUAAAGGAAGACCUGAAUGAUGAGGUAAAAGAAGAGUUGAAAGAAGAAGUGAAUGAGGUAAAAGAAGAAGUAAAGGAAGACUUGAAUGAGGAGGUAAAGGAAGAGUUGAAGGAUGAAGUGUAUGAGGUAAAGGAAGAGGUAAAGGAAGAGGUAAAGAAAGAAGUAAAGGAGGAUGUAAAAGAAGAAAUGAAUGAAGAAGUGACGGAAGAGGUAAAGGAAGAGGUAAAGGAAGAAGUGACAGAAGAAGUGAAUGAAGAGGUAAAGGAAGAAUUAAAUGAGGAGGUGAAGGAAGAAUUGAAUGAGGAGGUGAAGGAAGAAUUGAAUGAGGAGGUGAAGGAAGAAUUGAAUGAGGAAAUUAAGGAAAAAGUAAAGGAGGAAAUAAAUGAAGAAGUAAAGGAAGAGUUAAAGGAUGAGGUGAAAGAAGAAGUGAAUGAGGUGAAAGAAGGAGUAAAGGUAGACUUGAAUGAGGAGGUAAAAGAAGAGUUGAAUGAAGAAGUAAAGGAAGAAAUAAAGGAAGUAGAAGAGGAAGUGAAAGAGGAAAUGAAAGAGGAAGUAGAAGAAAAAUUGGAGGAAGAAGUAAAAGAAGAAGUGAAGGAAAUCACAGAAGAGGUGAAAGAAGAAGUAAAAGAAGAGUUGAAGAAAGAAGUAAAAGAAGAAGUAAAGGAAGACUUGAAUGAGGAAUUGAAGGAAGAAGUAAAAGAGGAAAUAGAGGAAGAAGUAAAAGAAGAAGUGAAGGAAAUCACAGAAGAGGUGAAAGAAGAAGUAAAAGAGGAAGUAAAUGACGCAACAAAGGAAGACGUGGAUGAGGAAUUGCAAGAAGACGUAAAGGAAGAAAUAAAGGAAGAAGUGAAGGUAGAGGUGAAAGAAGAGUUGAAAGAAGUAAAGGAAGAAGUGGAUGAGGAGUUGCAAGAAGAGGUAAAGGAUGAGGUAAAAGAAGAAGUGAAGGAAGAGUUGAAAGAAGAGUUGAAAGAAGUAAAGGAAGAAGUGGAUGAGGAGUUGCAAGAAGAGGUAAAGGAUGAGGUAAAAGAAGAAGUGAAGGAAGAGUUGAAAGAAGAGUUGAAAGAAGUAAAGGAAGAAGUGGAUGAGGAGUUGCAAGAAGAGGUAAAGGAUGAGGUAAAAGAAGAAGUGAAGGAAGAGUUGAAAGAAGAGUUGAAAGAAGAAGUAAAAGAAGAAGUGAAUGAAAAGGUAAAGGAAGUAGAAGAGGAAGUGAAAGAGGAAGUAGAAGAAAAAUUGGAGGAAGAAGUAAAAGAAGUGAAUGAAGAGGUAAAGGAGGAAGUAAAGGAAGAGAUGAGUGAGGAGUUGAAAAAAGAAGUGAAUGGGCAGGUGACGGAAGAAGUGAAUGACGCAAAUAACGAAUUGAAAGACGAGAAAGGGGAAGUCGCAUCGAAGGAAACACGCGAGCACGACAUGCUGCAGGAAGAGCCCUUUGACCUGAACAAGUAUAUCGUAAAGACUAGAUACUCUGAGGAGCAGCUGCGGCUUUUCUCCCUAAUUGGUGAUGCAGAUGAUUGUAACAAAAAAAGGAUGACAAUUUUUUCAGAGUACGACUCGGAAGAAGAAAGUGAUGAAGAUUCCGUAUAUUCGACAUCGAAAAAUUACAGCACCUUAAGUGAUACCAAUGUAAGUGACAAGGAAGAUGAAUCCAUUUGUAACAGUACUUCCAACAUAAGUGAACUAAAUAACCAGUUUGACAAAAUAAAUUUGGAAAAUGAAAAAAAUUCUUUUGUAAAAGAAAUAUCAUUAUUGUGCAAAGAAGCAAUUGAUAAACCACAACAUAUGAGUUACAAAAUUUUGGAAAUGAAAAGUUUCAGACUUUCCCUAAAUUACACAGACCUAGAUGUGAUCAUUUCCUUUUUCCCAAUUGUUUGGGAUUUUAUUAACAGCAUGGAAUUUGAUAAAGACACAUGGGUAGAAAAUUUUGAAACGGCUAAAUUGGACUUGUUAUUUUCGUCUUUUCUUCUGGACGAACAGUUAUAUUAUGAGACCAUCUACGGGUUGAUUUUAGACUUUUGCAAAAAGGAGUUCCUCACGAAUGACGUUCAAAAUAAUGUGUACGGCUCGGACAAGCUGUGCGCAGCGUUCGAGUAUAUUUACCACUCGGAUAUUUUUGAGUUCAACUAUUUUAACGAAUGGUUUAGCAAAAACAAAGAGGACGAGUACUUGGCGAACAACAAACGGCUGAAGGCCUUCGCGGAGUGGCUUGCACAGGAGUAA